CAUUGGUCAGUCAGUAAUAGCAUAGAUCUAACCGAGUGCGGUCGUGUUCGUCGAGAAGCAGCAGCCCCGUCUCGUCAGUCCACCAUCAAGUUACUUCCUAUUAUAUCUCAUUUGAAAGGAGUAGAUUUCUCUUUUUUGUCUUCGCUGCUUUUUAACAGGAAAUCAGAACAACCAAACUAACCAUGACAGCCAAGAUCAAGGCCGGCCCCGUCGUGGACAUUCUCGGUGACGAGAUGACCCGUAUUAUCUGGGACUCUAUCAAGGAGAAGCUAAUCCUGCCGUUCCUGGACAUCGAACUGCACACGUACGAUCUGGGCAUGGAGCACCGUGACAAAACGGACGACCAGGUCACUAUCGAUUGCGCCGAGGCGGUCAAAAAGUACAACGUUGGCAUCAAGUGUGCCACCAUCACUCCGGACGAGGCCCGCGUCAAGGAGUUCAAACUGAAGCAGAUGUGGCGCUCGCCCAACGGAACCAUCCGUAACAUCCUGGGUGGCACUGUGUUCCGUGAGGCUAUCAUCUGCAAGAACAUUCCCCGCCUCGUACCCGGAUGGGAGAAGCCAAUCGUAAUCGGUCGCCACGCUCACGGUGAUCAGUACAAGGCCACGGACUUUGUUGUACCUGGCGCUGGAAGUCUGGAGAUUAAGUUCACCCCAACCAGCGGAGGAGAACCCAUAAGCUACGUUGUCCAUGAAUACAAAGGACCAGGUGUUGCCAUGGCCAUGUACAAUCUGGACUCUUCAAUUGUAGACUUUGCGCAUUCCUCGUUCAAGGUUGCCUUGGAUCGUAAAUUCCCACUCUAUCUCAGCACCAAGAACACAAUCCUGAAGAAGUACGAUGGCCGUUUUAAGGACAUUUUCCAGGAAAUCUACGAGAAGGACUACAAGGCUCAAUUCGAGGCUGCAGGAAUCUGGUACGAGCAUCGUCUCAUCGAUGAUAUGGUUGCCUACUGCAUGAAGGCCGAGGGUGGUUUCGUUUGGGCUUGCAAGAACUACGACGGAGAUGUCCAGUCCGAUACUGUUGCUCAAGGUUUCGGAUCGCUGGGUCUCAUGACCUCAGUGCUCGUCUGCCCAGAUGGCAAAACCGUCGAAGCGGAAGCUGCUCACGGAACCGUCACACGCCAUUACCGCCAGUAUCAGCAGGGUAAGGAGACCUCGACCAAUCCGAUUGCAUCGAUCUUUGCCUGGACCCGAGGACUGCUGCACCGCGCGAAGUUGGAUAACAACGCCGAACUGAAGAAGUUUGCCGAAACCCUCGAGAAGGUCUGCAUUGACACGAUCGAGUCCGGUUUCAUGACCAAGGAUUUGGCCAUCUGCAUUAAGGGUAUGGCUGACGUGAAGCGUGCCGACUACUUGGAAACGUUUGAGUUUAUGACCAAGUUGGGCGACAACUUGAAGGCUGCCUUGGCCCCCUAAAGUGAAAAAAGGCAUUUUUAGGGCGUAAGGGAUAUAUGCAUGCUGGUAUCCGGGCAUUUAGUGAUGCACUUUAGGGGUUGACCGGAACACGUAUUUCUCAGAGAAAGCUAUUGCUCUACAUGUAUUGUUUUGUGUUGGUCCAGUGCAUCGUAUUGUGAGAUUCUUGUAGGUUUGUUUUUGAUAAAUAAAUCAUAUUACGAAACUACGAA